AUGGAAAAAGCCCAGGCGGUAGCAAACAGCACAGAUGUCAGCUCAUCACUUGAGCAGGCAGUUGGCGAUAUUCACCAAAUAGGGUCUUUGAGAACCAUCACGUCGAAAAGGGCUGGUGAGGUCAACUUCAUUGACGCAAAGCGUGCGCACGGCGACGCAGAGCUUCUGGCAGAAAUCGGUUACAAACAGGAACUGAACAGGCACUUCAGCACUGUGCAGGUGUUCGGUGUAGCAUUUUCGAUCAUGGGUCUGCUCCCUAGCAUUGCGUCCGUGUUGGCAAUCGGCAUGCCAGGAGGCAUGGUAUCCCUAGUAUGGGGAUGGUUCAUCGCAGGCAUCUUCAUCUUGGCCGUCGGGUGCGGGAUGUCCGAGCUGGCAUCGGCUAUUCCAACCUCCGGUGGGCUUUACUACUACACAUAUUACUACGCGCCUCAGAAAUACAAGGCAUUUUUUAGUUUUGUGAUCGGCUACUCAAACUCGCUGGCGCUUGUCUCGGGUCUGUGUUCUAUCACUUAUGGUCUGGCAGAAGAAAUCUUAUCGAUCGUGGUUGUUUCCAAGGAUGGCGACUUUACGAUUACGAACGGCAAGACGUAUGGAGUGUUCGUGGCUGGCAUUGCAGCAACCACAGUCGUCACCUCUAUCGCCACUGUCGCGGUGUCGAAGCUACAAACGGUAAGUAUUCUGGCCAAUGUGGGCUUGAUUGUGCUCUUCUUCAUUGUGCUGCCCAUUGGCGUGGCGAACACAAAGGGUCUCGAUUUUAACGACGGGUCCUUCAUUUUUGGAAAGUGGCUAAACGAGACAACCUGGCCAGACGGAUGGCAAUUCAUGCUGGCUGGUCUCCAGCCCGCUAUUUGGACCAUUGGCGCCUUUGACUCCUGUAUCCACAUGUCCGAAGAAGCCAAGAAUGCCACCAAGGCUGUGCCUUUGGGUAUUAUCUCGUCUAUCAGUGUCUGCUGGAUUUUGGGCUUCCUAAUCUGUAUCGUUAUGGCAGCCUGCAUGGGCCCUGACAUUGACGCUAUCUUAGGGAGUUCAUUCGGCUCUCCGCUACCCCAGAUCCUGUACAACGCGCUUGGAAAGAAAUGGACGAUUGCCAUCAUGACCUUGAUCGCUGCGUGCCAGUUUUUGAUGGGAUGCUCGAUCUUGACUGCCAUCUCUAGACAAAUCUGGGCAUUUGCGCGUGAUGACGGUCUGAUGUUCUCUAAGUACAUCAAGGUGGUUAACAAAAAGCUUUCCUCUCCUCUAAGGGCCACUUGGUUCGGAGCCGUGUGCGCGCUUGUCAUCGGGUUACUGUGCCUGAUCGGAGGUACUGCCUCGAACGCCCUGUUCUCCCUGGGUAUCGGGGGCAACUAUCUCGCGUGGAUGGCUCCUAAUCUAUUGAGAAUGACUACGGGCAAGGACCUGUUCAGACCGGGCGCUUUCUACAUGGGGAAGACGUGGUCUCCAAUUGUGAACUGGACCGCCAUUGUUUUCCAGAUCUUCAUUCUGAUCAUGAUCAUGUUCCCCGCGGAAAGCAAGGGCAUCACGCCGGACGCCAUGAACUACACUGUAGUUAUUUGUGGCGGCGUGUGGAUCGGAAGCAUGAUCUACUUUUUCGUGUACAAAAAGAAGGCCUUCAAUGGUCCGAAGUCGAAUCUCAGCGACGAUGAGUAUGUGGAUGCCGUGGGUCAAGACGUCAUCGACCAGAUUUUGUCGCAUCAGAAAAGCGGCUAG